CCUUGGAUAGUGAUUAUAUGGACGAAGAAAUGUUAAGACGAGUAGCAUUGAGAAUAGAUAAAUAUUUAAAAAAAAAAUCAUACUAUGAGUCCGAAAUGAUAUCAUCGACAGAUUUAAACGAGAAGAUAAAUUGUGAAACAUUUUUGACAUUAAUGUCACAUCGUGAAAAACAGAUACCAGAACAAUUAGAAAAAUUUAAAACUAUUGCAACGAAUGUUUUUUCAGAUUUGGAGUUACAAAAUAUCACGCAAGAUGAAUUGAUAACAUAUUUAUGUAGAUUUUCUUGUAAUAAUUUUAACGUGGAUGAUAUGAUGUAUUCAAUCGGACAACAAACAAAGGAUGGACCACAAAUACUUAGAAGCAUUGAAAACAUAAAGGCUGGUGAGGAGAUAACAAUAUCUUAUGUUGAUGUCGCAAUGAGCCGAACGUCCAGACAAAAAUUGUUGAGGGAAAAGUAUUUUUUUAAAUGUCAAUGUCCAAGAUGUUGUACCGACGAUAUUAGUAUGGAUAUAACAGAAGAAGAAAGAAGAGUAUUAGUGAAGAUCGAGCAAUUAACUGAGAAAAAAGAUAAUGAAGAAGAAAAAGAAAAAAUCGUAGAAAAUUUGCUGAUUUCUCAAAUGCAACAAAACCAGAUGAUAAAAGAAUCAAUUUCUUCUUUUAUUUCGCGCAUUAUUAUCUCACUUUUACCACAUUUAAUAGGAGAAACAUCAAAAGCUGAUUACAUAAAAACCUUAGAAGUAUUUUUCAAUGAUAUGCACACAACCAUCACACAUCCAGAUCUUUUUACUACAUCAUCUCUUUCUUUAGCCACAAGACGUUUUUAUGAUCGUAUUGAGUUACAACAAUGGCGAGAAUCAUGGACUUUAGGUCGUUAUAUUCUCGCUAUUUAUCUUUUAAUUUAUCCAAGAUUUCAUCCAAUUAUUGGAUUGCAUUUAUUUAGUUUGGCAAAGUGUAUGUGGAAUGAUACUUGCAAAGAUAAAGAUAAAAUCGUUGAAUCCUAUGAGAUAGUAAAAGCAACAAAGAAAGUGUUAGAGAUUACACAUGGUGAUGGAUUUGAAAACAGAAAAAUCAUUGCACAAGUCAUGGACUUAGAAAUCAAUAUGCAAAUUGAAUUAAUGGAAAUAGAAAAAAAGAAAUACGCCGACCGUUGCAUAAUCCAUAGAGAUCCAAGAAGUCCUUAUGAUAAUAUCCGUGUUUUAACAGAUCAUAAAUCCGAGAUAUGUGGAUUGAAAUGGAACAAUGAAGGAAAUCAACUAGCAAGUGGUGGUAAUGCCAACGAAUUAUUUAUCUGGGAAGGCUUGAAUUUGUCUCCAAUCAGAAAGCUUGAUGGUCAUAAAGCUGCUGUUCGUGCUCUUUCUUGGAGCCCUCACUCAAGAAAUUUAUUAGUAAGCGGAGGUGGUCAUUUAGAUCGGCAAAUACGUUUCUGGAAUACUCUGGAUUCAAGAUGCUUAGCAAGUUAUAAUGUUAAAUCACAAGUAUGUAACCUGCAAUGGUCACCCACGGCAAAUGAACUUGUCUCAACCCACGGAUGGUGGAAAAAUGAUGUAGUCGUUUGGCAAUAUCCUUCGAUGGAAAAGAUUGCCACCUUAAAAGGGCAUAAUUAUCGUGUGCUUUAUUUCUCUUUAUCUCCUAAUGGCGAAGAUAUUGUGACUGGUGCUGGUGGCGAUGAUAAUACUUUACGAUUCUGGAAAGUUUUUAACGCUCCACUCAGUAACAAAAAGAAAAUUACUAAAUCUGUAUUUAAGUUAGAUGGGCUAAUUCGGUGA